AUGUCUAGUGAUACCAACGAUAUUGAGGACAAUGUGAACCUUAUUAAUGGCGGUUCAUUUGAGCAGGUGGCCCCCAAAACACCAACUAUUCGCGUGGAAUCGAAGAGAGAUGACUUGAUCGAAGGCGACAUAUUGAAGCUCAAGUGUGAAGCAGAGGACGGUGAACCAGAUGGAACUCUGACUUGGCUCAAAGCCAAUCGGGGCGGCAACGAGUACGUACCAAUUCAUCUGCUCUCGACCGCCGAAAAGGACCACAGCCGAAAUCUCCUGACCUCACAGUUGGAUAUUCAACUAACAUCGGAUGAUCAUCUGUCCUCCUAUGCAUGCCUUGCAACGAAUCCCGGCUUUCCGGCCAGUGACCAACGCAGGAGCGAACCCUUCCACGUUAACAUAACUUUCCGUCCCAAGCAUAUUGCCAUCCAUCGAGUGCAGGGUUCUGGCAAGUUCACGCAACCGAACCGACCAGCGGAUCAGGAAUUGGUUACAACUCCCAGCGUUAGCGGCGAAGCAGGACGCCCCCUUGACAGCGAAGGUCAACGUUUCCCAGCUUCACCCCGAUCGAUCGCCGUGGUCGCUGGUGAAAUGAUCACUCUGAUAUGCAGAGCGGGUCCUGCAAAUCCACCAAUCGCACUCAAAUGGCGUCAUCUGAGUUGCAAGCCGGCUCUUUCUUCUCUAUCUACCGAUGUAGCAACAACAAACUACAGUUUCCUCAGCGGCGAUUCAGAGGCGAAUGCAGAAAGAGUCUGCUCUGAAAUAAGCCGUUUUGAUGACGUCAAGAGCUUACCCUUCGAAGCCUCAACUCUGACCUCAAAGGGCCAGGUCUCUCUUAUUGUUCAGAAUUCUCACCACAAGAGCAUCAUUGAAUGUUCCACAGACGGUGGCUCCCCGAAACACACCUCGGCUUGGCAUACUGAAGACGAGGAGGAUCAACUGAAGACGCAAACCAUACUGAAUGUUCAAUUCAUACCGAACUUUUCAAAAGUCCUCGACAAACUCAGUGUGGCUGUCUCAAAGUAUCUUCCUCAACUGGUAGUUGUGGAGGUCCAUUUGUUGAAGAAGCGUCUAACACAGAGUAAAGAGUAG